AUGAAGAGGAAACAUCGAAGGGACAUUCAAGACGAUCGCGAAGAUGCCUUGGUGCCACACUCGGCCCAGGAAUUGCAAACGGCAAAGGACGUGGCCGGGAAGACCUGGUUGACAUAUCGGGCAUCGCCGCUACACGCCUUCAAGGAGGAGCGCCUGGCGGACUACGCCGCGAGCCUGCGCCGACACAUGACUGCCGACUGCCAGGAGGCGGUGGGCCAGCGCUGGCGCUUCCUCGCCGCCGCCUACCGCCUGCCCGGCCUCGCCGAACAGCACGGACGGGUCUUUGCCUUCGUGGUCGGGCUCAAGUCUGUCGCGGGCAAGCGCGCGGAGAGUCCGCUUUUCCAAGCGAUUCUCUCUAUUGCCCGACCGGGCACGGCCCCGGAGGGAGCGCAGGGCCGAGGCGAGCACCCGGCCUAUCCGGUGUUCCUGCUGCGAGGCAACAAGACCACCACAGACUCGUUCAGCGCUUGGCUCUACGGACAGUUCGACUCGCGGGUGAGCCAGCUCUCCUUCUCGCCCUACACUCUAGCGCGCAUGGCCGCGCUAUGGGGAUCGAGCGAUGCUCCGCCUAAACGCUCGGCCUCUGGGGCGGCCGAGGUGCUGGAGCUCGUCUACAAGGCACCCGAGUACAUCCCCGAGCUCAACACCAUCAGACUCACCAUCCCACAGGAGGACAUGCGCCGCUUGGCCGCCGAGAUGACUGAACAAAACCACAAUCUGUACAAAGAAGAAGACGACAAGCUGGCGGAGGUGCGGCCAGGGCUGCUGCGAGCGCUGGAGGAACACUUUUUCUACCACUUCCGCAUAUCACUCUCGGCCUUCCUUCUCUAUCGGAUCUCCACGCCUGUCGCCCACGUGAACAGCAGCGGCAAGCUCAAGUUGACGGAGGCCAACAUAUCGCUCGUGUUUCAGCAGCUGGCCAUCUACGCCCAGCUCUGA